AUAGUUGGACGUGACGAUUUUCCGGAUUUUUAGCCAUUUUUUAUUUCACGCAUUCUGCAUAUGCUGUUUUAUCCUUUUUUUAUUUUACUCAUCUACUGGAUCGUUUGGUCGGGCUCUUGUCUGCUGUGAUAUAUAUUGUUGAAGUAAAAUUGACACUCGUCGAGAAUUAAUAGUUUAAUAGAAAAAAAAAAUCCGUAUGAAGAUAUCGUUUCUUUUCAAUAUUGUAAAAAUUUAAGAUUUGUAUUAAAAAAUGUUUGUCGGAUGCCCGUUCAUGAGAAAAAUUUGAAAAAAUGAUUUUGUGUGCUCGCAACCUUUUUUUCAGAAUCCGUCAAACUUUUCAUGCGUAUAAUUUGGAAGCGAACAAUAACUGGUACUUCGAUUAGGUGUUUGAAAAUUAUCAUAUUUCAAAAUUGAAAAAAAAUUCGGCCAAUUUUACGUAGAUUAAUAAACAAAAAUUUAUUAUUCAACUAUUUUUUCAACAUAUAUCGAUUUGAUACUACGGGAACCUGACAAUGAUUUACACUUGAAAAAGUCAGAAAUCCAAAAUCAGUCGGCCGAGUUCAUGAAGGUGAUUGCGAGCACGAGACCUCGCCCCUCAGUCACACGAGGUUGCAGUAUGGAGCACAUAUCUCGAAACGUAACUGCUCCUUCAAUUUAAGCGUUAUCUCCGUCGAGGAGAUAUAAACCAUUAUCGUGUCUACAGUGAUCAAAUAAUAAAAGUCGCCGGAAUAACCCUAGAAAAUCUCAUGCCUCAAGACAAACAGAUGCUGCUGGCGAUGCAACGGCAGCGAGAAAAGGCAAAAAGAAGAAGCAAAAUGUUUCCACCAGCGACGGUUGCACUGCAGAUCCUUGGAUCAGGUGCAAGAGGUGCUCCAACUUCACUUUAUGUGUCUACUGACCAUACAAAGUAUUUAUUUAACUGUGGAGAAGGAGCACAGAGAUUAGCACAUGAGAAUCGGCUGAGACUGAGUAAAUUAGAGCACAUAUUUGUAACAACUCCAAAUUGGAAGAAUAUGGGUGGUUUGCCCGGUGUGGCACUUACGAUACAAGAUAAUGGAGUACCAAACAUAAAAAUCCAUGGACCUGCAGGAUGUUCCGAUUUUUUUAAGGCUAUUGAAGGUUUUGUUAAAUUGAAAGAUCUUGAUAUAGAUGAAGCACCUUGUUUGUCGGAUGAACCUUUUGUCGACGGGACCAUGAGCAUCAGAUAUGUUUAUUUAACCAGUAACAAAAGUGAUAGUUCAUCAGAAAGUGAGGACGAGCCGAUGGUUUUAGAUGCUAUCAAUUAUUAUGACUAUGCGGUGAAUACCAAUGGAAAAAGAAACUCAACACAGGACACAAAUGGUACCAAAUUUGCUAAAGUUGAAACUAUUGUCAAAGGAGAAAGAAUUAAGGGUACAAUGGCUUAUGUUUGUAAACUUCACGCUAAACCGGGUAUGCUAUGCCUCGAAAAGUGUGUUGAAAAAGGAGUUCCACCGGGCCCACUGCUGGGAAACUUGAAAGCGGGUCAGGAUGUAACUUUGCCUGAUGGCAGUGUUAUUCUCAGCUCGGAUGUUACCUCUCCCGACGACCCAGGACCCACGUUCAUCGUUCUCGAGUGUCCAACCGAAAAUUAUCUCGAUUCGUUUGAGAGCUGUGACGUAUUUACCAAUUAUCACGGUAGCCAAUCUGAUCCGGAUAAUACAGUUAGCUGCAUCGUGCACUUCACACCCGAAAACGUGCUCAGCAAUCCUCGCUAUCAACAAUGGAUGGACAAAUUUCCAGCUGACACAAAACAUAUUAUUAUCAACGAGGAAAAUGUGUGCAUGGGUAGUGAAGCCGUUCACCGGAUACAGCACAAACUACAUCUUUUGGAUCAGAAUAUUUUUCCAUUUUUGGACCAGGAAGGCGUCGUCAUCGACGAUAGCCCAACGAAGAUAACGAUUGAUAACGAGGAAGAAGAAAUUAAAGAAAAUAACCUAAAACAGGACCAAAUCACGAAUCCGAGUGAUCAGAAAAAAUUCCCACGUAUAAUUCGAGCGAGAACGUUAGACACGGUGUUUCUACGACCAAGAAUUGAUUUCGAGAGUAGUAACGAUCUCGUUGUAAAACCUCGGUUAUAUAUCGAUGAAACUUUUGAGGUCGACGGGUUUCUCGAUACUCUGGCAGAGCUACAGACGGAAAUAAAUGCUCGUACAAAGAAUCAAGACGACGCAGCGGAAUAUCCAAAGAUUGUAAUGUUGGGAACUGGCUCAAGCAUUCCGAACAAAACGAGAAACACUAGCGGUAUAUUGCUGAGACUAGAUGAAGACAAAAGCAUUAUUUUCGACUGUGGAGAAGGUACAGCCGGCCAAUUGAUAAGAUUUUACGGUAAAAAGCAAGUGGACAAAAUUCUGUCGACCAUCAAGAUUAUUUUCGUAUCACACCUGCACGCCGAUCAUCACAUCGGUCUCUUAGGCUUGUUGCGUGAGCGCGAGUGCGCUACGAAAGAUCCAGUUAUUCUUUUAGCACCUGAACAAAUUGCCACGUGGCUUCGCAUCUAUCAAAAACGAUUCGAGUCGAUCUCGCAUCAAUAUAAUCUCCUUUCAAACAGAGAUUUCAUCCUUAAGAAAGGACAAAUACCUGUAUCCGCUCAAAUGCAUCUGCAAUACGCCCUGGGAGGGGUUCAAAUCAAUACUAUUUUCGUUCGCCAUUGUCUAUCAGCUUAUGGAAUAUCUGUUACUACGGAAAAUGGCUGUAAAAUUGUUUAUAGUGGCGAUACAAUGCCUUGUGAGACUCUCGUGACACUUGGUGCUGAUUGUGAUUUGCUGAUUCACGAAGCAACCAUGGAGGACGAGUUGGAAGAAGAGGCGAAAAUGAAAUACCAUUCGACAGUAUCGCAAGCGAUACAAGCGGGCGAGCGAAUGAACGCUAAAUUCGUCUUACUGACGCAUUUCAGUCAGCGUUAUGCGAGAAUUCCUUAUUUGCCAGAAAAUGAUAAUGACACGAGCAACCUUAGUAAAGUCGGUAUAGCUUACGACAACAUGCAAUUCAGCAUUUCACAACUACACUUGCUGCCUCUCUUUUAUCCUACGUUGAAACUUAUGUUCAGUGAAUUCCGAACUUUGAUCGAAAAAAAUUCUCGCAAAAGGCAAGAACGUUCUCAGAGAGAAAAACUCAUUACUAAAGCAUUGCUGAGUAAAGCAAUUGCUGGAUGUAGAGAAAUAAAUUGAAGGAGAACAGGUGUUACUAUCGGGUAAUCAAAGACAUCAUUGAAGAAGCGGAAAACGGUGUUUUGCGUGAUGAGCGAUGAAGAAAUUUUCAUCCAGUUUCCAGCUCCACCUGUUCUAUUCGUUCGAGGGGAAGUUGUUUUUAGUCCACCAUGUAAAUAAAGACGAACUGUAAACUAUCGAGGUAAAACUAUUAUUGCGCUCCAGCGGCAUUCAAAUCGUACACUGUUAUAACUUCAGGACUGGGAAAAGAAGGAUAUUUCGGCACCGAUGGUCAAAAAAAUAUUGAAAUAACAAUGUAAAAAAGGAUAUGUGAACGUAAUAAAAUGAAAUUUUUUACAUCGAA